UGAGUGUGUGUGUUUAGGACGAAGCCCGUCCUCAUGGCGGUGAAGGACAGUGAGCAGUAGUAGAAGUGAACAUGGCGCUGUAGGUUGGGUGUGUGUGUGUGUAUCAAUACAGCAGUGACGGUGCAGAGGUGAAACAUGGCGGAUGUCUCUGAGAGGACGGUACACGUCGCUAUCCUGGUCUCGUUCGCGGCGGGCUUCCUCGCAGGCUGGCAGGCGAACCGAGCCCGCAGGAGGUUUCUGGACUGGAGGAAGAAGCGGCUGCAGGACAAACUGGCAGAAACGCAGAAGAAACUGGACCUGGCCUGACCCGGGUCAGAACCGGGACAGAACCGGGGACAGACCCGGGACAGACCGGGGUCAGAACCGGGGACUGGAGCUGGAGUGUGGGGUUUUCUUUACUCCACUGAAGCCAAUAUUCUUGGAGUCUGGGGAAGACGGUAUCCGGAUGAUCCGCUAAUGUUGGAACCCUCUGAUACGUCCUCCUGGAACCCUGAGAAACACAACAAAAUCAAUGGCGUGAUGAGACAGACUUUAUGAAACACGUCUUUUUUUUUUAAAGUUUGUACUCCUGUUACUGUUGGAAUAAAAGAAGAUAUUUUGUGAAACAGAA